CCUCAAUUAUCGAGGUCAAGUCGUGCUUUCUGGCCGUGGCAGCAUAAAUGUAUAUCAAUCAGGAUACGAUGAUGUACCCAGGCUAACGAUACCUAGUAACUUGAUAACGAUCAUUAAUCACGUUAAUUCCACCACCUUUAAGGCGAAAUUACUCGCGAGUACGUUGAACCUUCCGAACACAACGUAUUAUGUUACAGUGGAUGAUGGGAUGGUGCUAAAUGCGAAUUUGUCUGAACCCUUACCUGGUAUAAAGCCUGGUGCCUGGAAUUUUACUACGGCUUCUCAGAAAACACUGUACUCCGAGGCAGCUACCGUGCUUCUUCGAUUUGGUUCACAGUCUCAACAGAGCUUUCUCACAAACUCCUCAGCGACGUUAAAAGAAAUUCACACGGAAGUCUCGAGAUUCCUCCCUGUAGAAAUUAGACGUAUAUCGACUCCUUAUUCUGCAUGGUACUACGACAAAGGAACAAAUCACGAUCACAUUCUCGUUCCCAUCAGAAUCGAACCUGGUGACCCAUCACCAUUAAAACUCAUCUCUGAUCUUGAAGACUUGGUGUUUAACCUCCCAUCCACUAAUAUGGCAAAUGGGACCAUGACAUCAAUGUUAGAUUCGAAAUUCGGAGCGCCGGUUCAAACCGACUUUUGGGUUGAAAACAAGACCGUGUUGAUAUUGGCAGGCAUCGCGGUUUCCCUGGUGAUACUACUUUAUAUUGCCGCUGAGAGGAGAGAUCCGGCGGCUAGGAAUGUUGCUAUACCUCAAUUUGUUCUAAUACUGGCGGAUUUCGCUUUGGACAUAAUUUUCCUUUUGACACACUCUCGAGACGUCUCGUUCCUUUUCGUCCCAUCCAUGAUAUUCACAACCGUACCUCUAUCCUUUAAUUUCUUUUGGUCUGCCGGAACAUUAAUCAGGGAAGCAUUUUAUCAUGAUGACUUUCUGCGUUGGUUCAAGUCAAAUACUGCCAUCGCAUCAGCAUUUACGGUGCUAGGCUCAGCCGAAGUUGAGGUGUUGAGCAUUUUAAAUUCGAGGGCCGGUGGGAUCAAAACAUUGCAAGCCCCUUGGAGCGAUCGGGCAAGUAAGAUGAUAUUUAUUGGCAGUUUUAUUGGGUUUAUUAUUGAAGAUGUGCCUCAAUUUGUAAUCCAGGUUAUCUACGAACAAAAUACGGCAAGCUAUAGUAUCAUCCCUUUCCUGACCCUGGCAACGGCAUCCCUAAUGAUAGUUCAUGCGAUUGUGGGUAAGUUGUAUUUAGGCAUUGCGAGGUGGCGACAGUCAAAGCAUCAAUACGAACCUCCGGGUGGUGGUGAAGCAUGGAGGGAAUUAAUGAGUGAAGUUGAAAGAUUGGCAAAAGAACAUCAAGAAGAGUCCCGAAAGAGCAUCGCAGCUGCAAAACUUGCCGCGAAGAAAAGGGCAGAAGAGAAGAAAGAUCAUAUCAGUGGCGGUAAUCGAGGGACUGUAUUGAAAGGAGGAAAUUACAAGGACAAAGGAAAAAGACGGGAAGACGAGAGGUAUGCGUUUGAAGGUGAUGUGUCAUCAGGUGGUAGCGUC